AUGGACGGCCCCCCCUUCGUCGACGACGGUGUCGCCGCCCGUCGCGCGCCCGCCUUCACCCGUGCCGAGAAGAAGAUCUUCUUCGGCGGCAUUGUGGUCUCCGGCGUCGCGGGUCUGUUUUUUCUCUGCGUUUCUAACAACGACCCACAGACUUGGCCAGUUGCAUGCGGUCGCAUGACUGCAUCUGGGACCGCCGCGGCGGCCACUGAGGUUCAGCCAGCUAGCCACAGAAGGACGAAGUCUACCUCAAGACUCGUGCUGGACUUCGUCCCCGAGACCGUCUACCGCGCCUCCCAAUAUUUCAACAAGCGGAAGAUCUGUAAUGCCCAUUCUCGAGUCAAGCUCUACAUCUUCCGGUUUUCCCGCUCCCUCGCGUACAUCCACUCACAACUGUGUCGCUCGCUCGCGUACAUCCACUCACAGGUGCUGGGGGGUGGCGAUGCAGAGGAGCCACUCGAACCACUUCCGGAGACAGCCAGCGACGAGGCUCAGGAGCCCAUCGGACCCAUACCAAAGACACCCCGGCUCACCGCCGCACGCCUGCACUACCCUGUUCCUUCAGCCCCCGGCCCCUUUGUGGUCGCUUUGCCCGAGCUGUACCGGAUGAGUGACGCGGAUUUCGAUAACAUGGACGUCAACAAUAUCGGCUUGGGUCUUAUCUAUCAGCAACUCGAGAUGGACAACCUCAUUGCCCGCUUCAAUAGCAGCGUUAUUGUCCUUCGCCAUCCCCUUCCUUAAGCCUUGUUCGGUGUUCCUAUCGGUGGCGGCGUCUGGGUUUCUACCAGCAAUGCGGGCCGGCAC